GAACGCACUCCUUGCUGACCCGCAGGUGCGGCCCGAAGCCAUGGUGAUCAUGUCGGAGUUCAGCGCGGUCCCCUCGGGCACCGGCCAGGGCCAGCAGAAGCCCCUCCGGGUGGGCUUUUACGACGUGGAACGGACCCUGGGCAAAGGCAAUUUUGCGGUGGUUAAGCUGGCGCGGCACCGAGUCACCAAAACGCAGGUUGCAAUAAAAAUAAUUGACAAGACACGGUUAGACUCUAGCAAUCUGGAGAAGAUCUACCGGGAGGUCCAGCUCAUGAAGCUCCUCAACCACCCGCACAUCAUCAAGCUCUACCAGGUUAUGGAGACGAAGGAUAUGCUUUACAUUGUCACGGAGUUUGCAAAAAAUGGAGAAAUGUUCGAUUAUCUGACUUCCAAUGGGCACCUGAGUGAAAACGAGGCGAGGAAGAAAUUCUGGCAGAUUCUGUCAGCCGUGGAGUACUGCCACAACCAUCACAUAGUCCACCGGGACCUCAAGACGGAGAACCUGCUGCUGGACAGAAACAUGGACAUCAAGCUGGCAGAUUUUGGAUUUGGGAAUUUCUACAAGCCAGGAGAGCCCCUGUCCACGUGGUGCGGGAGCCCCCCCUACGCAGCCCCCGAAGUCUUUGAAGGGAAGGAGUAUGAAGGCCCCCAGCUGGACAUCUGGAGCCUCGGCGUGGUGCUCUACGUCCUCGUCUGUGGCUCCCUCCCUUUCGAUGGACCCAACCUGCCGACCCUGAGGCAGCGGGUGUUGGAGGGCCGGUUCCGCAUCCCCUUCUUCAUGUCUCAAGACUGUGAGACCCUGAUCCGGCGCAUGCUGGUAGUGGACCCUGCCAAGCGCAUCACCAUUGCCCAGAUCCGCCAGCACCGGUGGAUGCAGGCUGACCCCACCCUCCUGCAGCAGGAUGACCCCACCUACUCCAUGCAGGGCUACACCUCCAACCUGGGCGACUACAAUGAGCAGGUGCUGGGUAUCAUGCAGGCCCUUGGCAUCGACCGGCAGAGGACAGUGGAGUCUCUGCAGAACAGCAGUUACAACCACUUCGCCGCCAUUUACUACCUCCUGCUGGAGCGCCUCAAAGAGCACCGGAGCACCCAGCCCUCGUCCCGGCCCAGCCCGGCACCCACCAGACAGCCCCGGCUCCGAAGCUCGGACCUCAGCAGUCUGGAGGUGCCUCAAGAAAUCCUCCCGUGUGACCCUUUCCGGCCCUCUCUGCUGUGCCCGCAGCCCCAGGCCUUGGCUCAGUCUGUCCUGCAGGCCGAGAUGGACUGUGAUCUCCACAGCUCACUGCAGCCCUUCCUCUUCCCCGUGGAUACCAACUGCAGCGGGGUGUUCCGGCACCGUUCCGUCUCCCCCAGCAGCCUCCUGGACACAGCUAUCUGCGAGGAGGCCAGGCAGGGGCCCGGCCUGGAGGAAGAGCAGGAAGCCCAGGAACCUCUGCCUGGCAGCACAGGCCGGAGGCAUACACUGGCUGAAGUCUCCACCCAUUUCUCCCCACUCACCCCUCCUUGCAUAAUCGUCUCCUCCUCGGCCACGGCGAGUCCCUCCGAAGGAACGAGCUCUGACAGCUGUCUCCCCUUCUCUGCAAGUGAAGGUCCUGCAGGGCUCGGUGGUGGCCUGGCCACCCCAGGGCUGCUGGGCACCAGCUCUCCAGUCAGAUUGGCCUCGCCUUUCCUGGGCUCACAGUCGGCCACCCCUGUGCUGCAGGCUCAGGCGGGUCUGGGCACAGCUGUCCUACUUCCUGUCAGCUUCCAGGAGGGACGGAGGGCGUCAGAUACCUCACUCACUCAAGGGCUGAAGGCCUUUCGGCAGCAGCUGAGGAAAAACGCGAGGACCAAGGGGUUCCUGGGGCUGAACAAGAUCAAAGGGCUGGCCCGCCAGGUGUGCCAGUCCUCCAUCCGAGCUCCCCGGGGAGGCGUGAGCACCUUCCACACCCCAGCCCCCAGCUCCGGCCUGCCAGGCUGCACGGCGGCCGGCAGCAGUCGGGAAGGCAGGAGCCUGCUCGAAGAGGUCCUGCACCAGCAGAGGCUGCUCCAGUUACAGCACCACUCGGCCACCCCCGCUGGCUGCCCGCAGGGCCCCCAGCCAUCCCCUGUCCCUGUCCCAUACGUGCUCACUCCCUGUGACGGCCUCCUCAUGUCUGGGAUCCCGCUGCUGCCCGCACCUCUCCUCCAGGCUGGAAUGUCCCCUGUGGCGUCCGCUGCCCAGCUCCUGGAUGCCCACCUGCACAUCAGUGCUGGCCCAAUGGCUCUACCCGCUGGGCCCCUGCCACAGUGCCUCACCAGGCUGGCCCCAAGCUGUGACCCUGCUGGGCUGCCACAGGGGGACUGUGAGAUGGAGGACCUGACCUCUGGCCAGCGGGGGACAUUUGUCUUGGUACAGUGAGGGUGGCCCUGCUACACGCCACCCCCCACGGCCCGUUGACUCUUCCAAGCAAUAAUUUCAGAGUAUGUGAAGAUGGUUUCGGACUCAAAGCCAAGAACUUUCUAGAAGUGAAACAAGCAAUAUGUUUGGUGUAUGGGCUUUUUAGGAUUUUGUUUUUGUUUUUGUUUUAUUUUUUUUUUUCCUUGCACUGAAUGACCUCAAUGAUGAGUAGGGACUGAAACUUUCUGAAGAAAAAUAAUAAUUGAGGGUGUGUCAUAUGGGCGGGUGGAUGGGAGGGGACGUGGGGUAAGGGAAGAGGCCCGUGCGGCUGGGGUGAAGGAGAAGCGAGGGGCCACGCUGCUCGGGGACCCCUACACUCCCGUUCACAGUUCAUCACCGUAACGUGAUGAGCGCGGACGUCCCCGGAGGCAGCGGCGCCCAGCAUGGCACAUGCCUGUGUGUUGGUUGGCAUCGGUUUGGGUUCGGGUUUGGGUUCACAGCUCUCCACUUCUGAAAUGCUCGUGCUUUACCAAAAACUGUGAACUUGCUGCUCUCCGUGUGGGUUUUAGAACAGCCAAGACCGGCCUAAGGGGAGACCGCGUGCAUUGUCGGGAUCUCCCCGCCAGCCAGCCGGAGGACGACCUUGUCGUAUUCUAGCUUGAGUUUUGUAGCCGCUCAAGUCAGUUUGCCAGGCUUAUUCAGAGGAAACCACAAAGGACUGGAAGGGGUAAGGACCUGCAGGUGGGUGCCCUGUCCCACGGUCACUCGGCCCAGAGCCCUUCACACCACAAGGAAGCCAACAAGUCCCUUCCUGCCGUGUAUCUCGACUCCGCUGCUAAUGACCAGAUUUUUACGCAUUUCAUUAUCAGGGUCCAACAAGAGCACCUGAUGGGGAAAUUGUGCAAUACCAAGGGGGCUGUGACCAGAGGGGUCCAGGCAGCCAGCGGGCAUCUUGGUUAUGACCACCUGCCCUUGGUCUGGGACCUUUCCUGUUAAAAACCCUGGCCCCCAGGCCUGGCCUCUGUCUGGCUUGCUUUCCAGGAAGAUGAGAAGUGUAGGUCAGUGUUUGUAAAGUUUCUUUUUUUAAGCAGAUACUGUAUAUGUAUAUAAAUAGGAGACAGACACUACUUAUUUUUUCUAUUUUCUAUACACUUUUGUGUUCCUGGCUUAAACCUCCCUUGGUCACAUUAAGAAGUGUCCCCCAUCCGCACCACACUUGUGUUGAAGGGGCCGCGGGCUGCCCACCUCCGGCACAGGGUAGAGGUGUCAGGGAAGGGGUGGCCCCACCUGACGAGUGCAGCUCUGGAAGCAACCAGGGAUGUCACCCCUUCCCACGCUUACGUCAGGCAUCUGUCCCUCUGCCUCCCCGGUGACUUCCACUCUGGCAUCUCCACCACCGCAGUAUUAACCUGAGGUCGUUAAGGGAGAGGGAAGGAGGCACUUUUAAAAGCCAAAGAUUGACCGAGUUACCUGAGGCCAGGAAGAGGCCGCGCUCAACCCGAUGUCACGGCGCGGUCCUCCCUGUCGGCCCUGUGGCCCGUCUUGUGCCGCUUGCUCUCAAGACAGGUGACAGACCAUUCUUCUGGGUCAGAACUGGUGCCCUCCCUAGAACAAGCCAAAAAGUGACCCUCCUGCCGACUCACCAGAUGCGUGGAUCGGGGAAGCACCCAGCGGCCUGGGCGGCCAGCCCUCGUCUCCCACAGUUCCUGUCCGGAUACCACAGAUCAAAGGCCUGGGCUCUGCUGUGUGUCAGAAGCGACAAGCACUUUACUUUCUGCCAGUUUUUUUUUUGUGUCUUCUAGUCACUGUCAACCUUCUCCGGGGCACAGUAACGUCCUGGUUUUUAAGUUCUUGUUUUUUGGCGAGUGUGGUGUGCUUAUGUAGAUCCUCACAGCCCUGUCCUGGACUGUAAUGGAAUCGCCUAUUUAAAGACACUACGUGAUCUCAGAUGUAUAUAAUGGUUUUAUUGUUUUUGUUUUUGUUUUUUACUAUGAUGGAAUUGUUUCAUUUCUCAUGUUAAUGUGAGAAACGUAUGCCAAAUGAUUAGUUGAUGUAUGUUUUUUUAAUUUAAUAUUUAAAUAAAAUAUUUGGGGGGAAACCUUGACCUUCCCUUGGUUCA